UCGACCUCCAAUGGACCCUUCAGAUCUCUCACUGCCACGGUCGCCAGGCGCUCCUUGCCUCUGCUCCCCCUCAGAUCUGUCGCCGGUAUUCGAUAGUUCGCGGUUGCAUAUGGGUUAACGGUCAAUUUUGGUCAGGUAUUUUUCAUGUUUGCGCCCCUUGCCUCUGCUCCCCCGUCCUCCUUGCAGAAAGUUACACAGACGGCUGGCAACAACACACCGCCACAUAUGGCCCACCCUCAGAUCCCUCACCGGCACUCACCACAUGCCGGCUUUCGCAUCCGUCGCCCCGUACCCGCCUAACCUUCCGUGCGUCAUUGGCAUGAGCGACGAUCCUCACGUGUACCGGCGCGUCUGCCUCCCCAUUGGCUCCUUGUCCUCCCUCUUCUACCUCCACGACGCUCACGUGUACCGGCGCGUAAAAGCCUCCCCAUUGCGACCCCGCUUCUUGUCCUUCUACCUCCACCUCCACUCGCCGCCGCCGUGAUGGGUAUCCGCGAUCCAGUCGGCCAGCUCUCGCGCGUCGACGUCUUCAAAGCCCGGACAGCCGUUCCUGAAGUCAAGGAGGAGGAAGAGAAAUCGCUCUAUGGCAAAGUCUUCAGCAAGGAGUACUCUUCGUCGUCACGCAAGCAACACGGUCGACUCGAGGCUGCCUGGGCAGAGUGCGCCGAAAAUCAGCCGUCUGAUAACCCAUACAAGAUACCGAGGGAGAUCAACCCUCAGUCAGUCAUGCCGCCCAGAGCCGGCUUUAUCAAAUUCACACAAUACUUGGCACUGUGCACCAGAGGACUUCUCGGUCCCUACGCCGUCAAGAAGACCAUCCGUACCCUCAUGGCAACAGUUUUCGGCCUCUGGCGGCGAAAAGCUCUUCAGGUUGUACCCCCCGACGUUCGUCAGCAAGUAUAUGCGUACAUCGACUCUGAAGAGCUUCAGCGUAUUGCCCCUCUCUCUACCAAGGAGCGCGAAAAGUUCUAUCUCAGCGCCCACGAUUUUGAUGUUAUGGCUCUUGGCAUCUUCCAAGACACGGAUGGCUUCAGGACAACUCGCAUGAUGAUGCAGGUCCUGCAUGCGUUGCUCUUGCAGAGUUUGUCCUCCGAGCGUCCCGGUGCAAUAGUCGAAGCCUCUAGCCGUUUCGGAUCCAACGAAGCCCUCUGCUGGAAGGACUACGAAUUCCAUAUUCUACCCAACCCCGACGACCCCCAUAGCCCACUCGUUGUCAUCCGUCUCAAGAUAAACCUACUCAAGGGUUAUCGCAAGGACGAUUCCAUGUACAAGGAAUUCCUCCUGAUGCCCGAGAGCGAAUCUCGAGUUUUUUGCCCUGUCUCUUCGGCUGUUGCAAUGGCCAUCGAAGACAAGAUCUUUUCUGAUGUCGAGACCAUCGAAGAAAUCUUUCAUCCCAAAGUCCCUCCCACUCAACAUCACAUCCUCAGGAUGCGUCCUGAAGCGGCAGACAAACCGGUCCUUCGUGCAGAAGUCUUUGAUGGCCUCUCGUGGCUCCUUUCUUCUACUCGAGCUUUGAGUUACGGGGCUCUCUCUGGUCAUCUUCGGCGCAUUAGCAUGCUCCUGGGAUUUAUCCAUUAUGUAACAUGUUAUUGUUGUCGGCGCGGAGCCUCGAAUCGCAUCUCUCGUCAGAUGGGCGCAGAAGAUCGAGCGACACUCAUGGGCCACGUUGAAGGGUCAAGCAAGUUUGAUAAACACUACAAAAGUCGAUUCAUAGCUUCGGACCUCGGAGCCGUCAUGCAAGACCGAGACCAGAAUGUCCAGUACAUGGAGGCUAGCAAGGCUCUGUCGGACAUGUCAUCUCGUAGAGACGAAAAUGCGCCUACAAAGUUGUCUCUCGAGGAUAAAGCGAAGCUCUUGGCUGAACCAGAACUCGUCGAGAUAGACAAUGAACGAAAAAAGAUCGCUAAUCUCAUUGGGUCCACGUCCAAGCAGUUGACAUGUGCCGACGUCAGCAAAGAAUCUAAAGCAGAGCUGGACGCACAGAUAGCUUCAUUGAAAACGGAGAAGAAGAAAUUGGACGAAAAGUAUCGAAACAUUGUGCGACGUGAAGAGUCUAGUCGGGCAACCGAGCUUCGGAAACAAUUUUUCCAAGAACAGUCGACCCGACAGCUUGCUGGACAGACCACCAACGUCACCGUUUUGCCCAUAACCAAAGGAAAAGAAAAUACGACCUCGUCUCUCGUUGCCGAGCGUCGCAAAGCUCCGUCCGAUCAAGCUGCCGCCCGGAAUAACGCUAUAAACACCUUUUUCCACGAGGUCUUUGGCGACGAUGCAAAGUCCUCCGCUAUCAACGACGGUAUUAUUGAGUUUGUCAAUAAAUACCUAGUCUUGACGACGUUCAAUCGCACCAAACACAUCGUUUGUUACCCAGGGGAGGGUUUGACAGAGGCCAAUAAAUGCGCGAUAUGCGACAAGGACUCUAGUGACAUGCGACAGAUAGGCAAGCAUCUACAUGACUGUGUCGACAAGCAAAAGACCGCAGAGGCUCAAAGCAAUGCGAACGAUAACUACGAACCCAACCCGUGCCUGUGGCAAGACUGCUACUCGGCUGGCAAGAUAUGGCCGACUCGCCAAGGAUAUAUCAAGCACAUCGGUCAGCAUAUAAAGAUGUUGACGCAGCCAGCGCCGACGGUCGGGGUGAAACGUCAAUGUUUGUGGGUUGAUGAGGUCAUCUGCAACAAGGAAGACAACAACUACACCUCAGCCGACUGGGCCGUUCACUUUGCUCAGGAGCAUGGUCUCAAUGCAUGUGCGACUAUUGCUGUCGAUCACUGCGCCCAGUGUGGUCUAUGGUUUGAGGACGAUGUCGGAGAUCGGUCUGCGUGGGCUGAACACUGCGUCUUUCACUACAACGACCAGUUCUCUUCAUUCCAGGAGCGUGCAGAAGGCGACGUCGAUUUGCAACCUCGUGGUGUUUGCAUCUAUGAUAAUGUUGUUGUGUAUGACGCGACGGAAGGUUUGGGUGGCCAUCAUCCAGAACUUUAUGGGUACAUUGAGCAGAGCGUUGCUGUCGUUCCAAUCUACUGUCCAUAUUGUGUCUUUGAUGAAACGCUGACCCCGCCAAAAAGGAUGCAUCAGUUCCGAGACAAUGGCGUCUUUGCUAGGCACAUGUUCGCUCAACAUCUUGGAAACCUUGACAAGACCCCGACAACUAUGUGUCCAGUGCCAUCAUGCGGUACUCACCCUUUCACUUUUUUCGACCUACUAUAUCACCUCGUCGCGUUCCAUCGUCUCCCCAUUGUCGGCACUUCACGCCCCAAGGUUGGCACUGGCGGCCGGAAGAACUGUAGGCUACAUCUCCCAGUUCAAAAGGAUGACCAGUUGGCAUUGAAAUCUAUGCCCACCCGAUCCACCGACAAGGCGCCAAUCAAGGAGUAUUACCGAUGCGCCGGUUGCUUGCGUAACUUGGUGGAUAUCAACAAGCACCUAACAGGUGCAAAACUCACAUCUUCGUGCCGCCAGCGAGGACGAUACACUCCAGUCUUGAAAGAUGGUACCCCAUUGGGUGAGGAAAUAAGUUUCGACUUUUCUACCGUUGAUGCAUCCCUUGCUGGCAGCACAUCAAAAAGAGGGAGAGACCACUAUUGCGAAAAAUGCGGCGUUCAAUUUGUCGACAUACGGGAGCAUAUUCCACAGGAGUGCUCUUCCGAAUUUUUUCGCAUCAAGGACCAGUCGCAUCGCCAUGGUCGCGACGGCAUUCGACACCGCUUCGUAGACUGGGAACGGAAACAACGUCAAACUGAGGCACUGGAGACAGUUCGCGCAUCAACGUGCAUCCUCGGGGAUAUGACCGCAGUGCUUCCCCAGGAGAUACAGGACGCGAUGGAAAUGGUUUUGAACGAUACGCUUACAAUUACUGAAAAGGCUUUAGGGAUGUAGAGUACAAUAAUUGACUCCGUCGAGCGGGGCGGCUUAGGGACAUAGAAUACAAUAAUUG